UAUGAUGGUUUGCAGUGGAAACAGUAUUGAUGAACAGUAUGGAGUUGUUACCCCCUGCUUAUGCUAGUGGCAUGAAAUACUUUUGAAUUUAAUCGGAUGGGACGCAGCUUUGGCUUGUAUCCACCUGCACGCGGAAAGCAACUUAACAUUAUCAGUGGAGCAGAAAGACUUUGGGUCGCAUCUAUGGCGGAGAAUCCAAACUCUAGACCUGUAAUAACCACCACCAGCACCCCGUACCAGGAAUUCAGGAAUUCAUCCACUCCGUGGUAUGACAAACUGUUUAUGCAGAUCGUGCCGAAGUACCUCAUCGUUGUUGAAAUUAUUUUAGGUCUGCUGGUGUGGACUUUGAUUGCAAGCACAGACUAUUUCCGAUUUCCCCCAUUUGGAUGGGUGUUGUUCGUGUCUGUCUUCUGUUGGGUUCUCACACUCUUCCUCCUAAUCAUUAUCUUGGCCAAUGGACAAAUCCAACAGGUUCCUUGGACUACUCUGGUUCUCAUUUUCAACAGCAGUGCAGCUGUUUUGUACAUGUCGGCUGCUAUUGUCGAGGCAAUGUUGGUGAAUAAACAGGACAAAGGUCACAAUGAUUACAUCUACUGGGCAGCAUCUACGUUUUUUGCAUUUGUUGUUUCUCUGAGUUACGCUGGCAGUGCAUUCUUCAAUUUCAAAUCCUGGAAAAACGGAGAUGAAGGAAGGUGUAGAUGGUGUUUUUUAAUUCAAACUUAAAAUACUGUAUGUCUCAUACUGUAUGUAUACUUAUACUCUUCAGGUAUGGGCUAAAGUUAAAAAAUAUUUAAUACCAUUGACUUUUGUCUUUAUUAAUAAUGAAGAAAUUAGCAUUUUGUGUUGCAUUUUAAGUAUAUCCACAAAUAUAGAGAUUUGUUUAGAUAUUAUUCUUUUAUUUGAUAUGAUGUAUCACGUAUAGUAUAUUUCAAUACAUAUUUUAUUGUAUGGAAUCUUAUUUCAUAAGGAUUAUUGACUAGAUGUGAAUGAACAGACAUUGAAUGUUUCACCUUUGUGCUUUGACUCUUAUUUGUAGCCUAUCAUCUAAAAAUGUGUGUCGUGAUGUUGACUGAACUUGACUAACAGCUUUCUGAAAGUCUUGUGGUAUGAAACUUAGUGCCAUGAUGUUUUCACAAAACUACAGUACAUUAUAAGCACAAUGUAUAAUGAAGGGUUUUAAAGUCUGGACCUACAUGCAUUAUAGACAGUUUUGGACAAAGUUUUCCUCCUGUUCUAAUGCUGUCUGAUAUUUCAAGAAUUGACUUACUGGAAUUUUAUUAAGAGCCUGAGGAAAGGAAAACAAUGUUUCAGUAAGAAACAAACAUUUUCACUUGAAGCACAGUCCCAACUCAGUAAAGUGGUCUACUCAUGUGAACAGGGAUAUUCUAAAUAGGCAAAUAGAAAUAAAGUGUUUUUUAAAUUACAUUUGUUAAGCUUGAGUUCCCAUAGCACUGCCACCUUGAAGUAAACCAAUUUGUCAAAUUCAAAAGGUUCAAGAACUCCAGUAUGUAAAUAUGAAAUGCAAAGAAGUCAUUGUUACUGAUCAUUAUUUGCACUGUAGGGUUUGAUUAAAGAUAGUACUAGUGUUAAAUAUGCCUGUGUGUGAUUGAUUCAGCCCAUGUCAUCAUAAUUUCACUCCAGCCAGGUAACCAAAGUUGGCAACCCAGCGGUAGAAGUUAUUAUAAAACACAAAUGCAUGUAUACACUUUAACUUACCUGCAGAUGUCUUGUUACCUGUUCAGUAUAGCAGAAAUAUGAGAUAAAUGGCAUAUAAUAAAUGUUGAAUCUCUUAUGUCAUCAGGCAUGACAAGUUUCUUUUGAGUAAUGUGUUCCAGUUGUAAUUCAUGCUCUCAGGCUUCUUGUCCUGCAGUGUGCAAACUAAGUAAAAUUGAGCAACUCAAAUUGAACAUGUCAGAUCCCGUUUCCUAUGCCUAAAUUAAACCGAAACCACGCUUUUUGUUACACCUCAUCUAAAAUUAUUUUAAUGACGCAACUCUAUCAUAGCGUAGACAGCUUCGUUGAUUAUAAUGAGUGUUCUAGUGUUGUCGCAUUAGUGCUUUUGCAGUGCACGUGGUGUCACAGCGAUACUAGUACUUUAAAAGAUAAGUAAAUGAUCAUGGGGACUAGACUACUUACGAUCAAAACAAAGAAUUCUUAAGAUCGCUCAGCUCGUAAGUCAUUUAAUUUAAUCAACAUGUAAGUAAUAUUAAUUGACAAUAAAGUAUGUUACCUUCAUGAACACUUUUCCACGUUUAAUUUCACACCGACGUGUUAUUGCUUCUGUUCGCGCUGUUUCCCAAUUGUAUUCCCAUGCAGAUGUUUCGCUGUUUAUUUAGCGGUUCUUGUUGCAGCGCAGCGUUUUUAAAAGAACUUAAACUGUAAAAAAGACAUCUGCGUUCUGUUCUAUGUUAGGUGUUGCGUCUAGCUUUUUUGAGCGCAAGAACGUGUUUGGUGUGAACAGACCCUUACUCGUUAUGAACCUUUAAUAUAAGACUGUAAAAAAAGAAAUGGACAAAAACAAAACAUCUUAUAUGUGCACAGAUGAUUCUCCUAACGGCGUUCGCAUGUGUUCGCUGCACGGGGUACCACAUCAUUUUUGCAUACGGGUUCUUUGAAGUGGUCACGCUGGGUUAUGCUGUCGCAAUCGUCCUUUCCUUAUCCCUGACAUUUGUGAAAUGGGCUUUAGCUGUAAGUACUUUUCAUUUACUGAAACUCAGAUAACUAUAUAUGUCACAUGUAUAUUAGAUUAUCACUGUAAACCCUAAUGUUGUCAUUACUGGAAAAAUUAAGUUGUCUUGAAAUGUCAAAUUUCAGGCCAUAACGUUAAUAUCUGCUCCUUUUAUGUAUCUUAAAAAUCCAUAGACUUAAGUGUUAACUCAAAUGAUUGAGUACAAAAUUGAGGCUAUAGGAAAUGUAAUUAUUUAAUCAUGUUUCCUCGGUCAAAGGUAACUUAUGGAUGCAUUUAAAUAGUUGUUGUUAAGAAUUCAGAGAUGUUUUAGCUCUUUUGUAGUAUUAUUUAUGUUUGUUUUGUUAGUUGUUUCAUGUGAUGUCACCGUUCGAGUAAUCUGUGUCCCCUUUGGUCAAAUUAGAUCCUGAUAACACAACCCCAGUUCUCCUUGUGCAUGAGCAACGGAAGUACAGGCAUAUAUGCGUUCAUGUGGAGAACUGAUUAAUUUUAUGAUUCACCUAGAAUCAGUUGAAAUCUUUAUUUGAGCUGUGUUAUUGCAUGAUCUAAAUUUGAGUCAAUUCUAUUGAAAUUAUUAAGUAGAAACAACAAUAUUUAAAAAGCAAAUCUGAGUUUAGUCUACUUGCAUAUGGUUACCUUAACUUAAAUAGUUAAGUUCAUUCUAUGUGAACAUAAAUUAAGUGAACUUCUAAGUUUUGGAGACACAAUUACUCCAUUCAGUUGAGGGAAGGAGUUUACUCAAUUGAGUACAGUCAACUUAUUAGGGUUUUUAGUGUAGUAGUGUAUGAUUUAAAAUAACAUUAAAAUAUAUCUGUGUCCUGAUGAACACACACUCACAUUCUCUCUGUUCUAAUAGGAGUUUGUGUUCGAUACACUGGGAUUCAUCUUUGUCUCUGUUGGUUCCACUGCAGUUGCUUUAAAGUCUUUUCUAGACUCACUUCUUGUUGCUGCCUCAGUAAGGCUUUCAUUUUGUGAUCAAAUAAUGCAUUUAUACAACCAGUGCUGAACAGUUUGUUUGUGAGGUGUAGUUUACAUAUAGAGUAAAUUAUUCUUCAUAGCACUCACAUCCAACAUUCUUUAACACUAACCUAGUUUUAAUCCACUUUUCGCUCUAUUUUGUUAUCGACAAAGUGAAAGUGCGUAAAAAAUUUUUUGGGAAAUUUGCCGUCUUCUGCCUUUUUCCAUUCAAAUGUCCUUUUAUCGAUAAAAAUGGUGUGUGUGAUAACGUCAUGCCUAAAAGAAAAUCCACUUUGUCGUAUAGGUUUUGGUUUAUCGCAAAAGAAAUCUGCCCUUAAGCCGUUUCCAUACAGAAAUGUGUGUUUAUCGUUAAUUGUGUAGGCUAACUUUCACCUCCCAGAGGUCCCUCAUUUUUUUCCUCAGACGUUUUGGUAAAAAUGGGGAGAGUAUUGAGACAGUUAAUUGAAAUUAGACAGCUUACUGUCAUUUUAAUUUCACAAAUAAAUGCAAUCAGAAGAUGGAAUUGCAAUCAAAAGGGAACAGUUGCCCUUCUGAUAGGACUGUAAUAUUGGUCCUGAUAGUGGGUGGGUGCAGGUGUAGUUCUCAAGGUGGGCCAAGUUCAUGACUGGGUG